AUGGAGAAAUUUGCAGCUUUGAUAUUCAUCAGUAUUCUACUUUUUUCAACAUAUACACAGAUUCUGGCACGAAGUGGAUAUGAACUUUGCAAGGAGGACUCAGAUUGUGCUACACUCAAAUGUACAACAGAACCAAGGUGUGUGAAGGGUGGUUGUGAAUGUCCCCGUGAACAAAUCAUGGAUGGACGACCAGAACACGAUUGUCCUUGGGAUGCUUGUUUUGCCAAAUGCAAAGCUAAAGGUGAAAUAAUUGAUGCUUGUUUCUCAGACCCAGACCGUUGUUAUUGUCGCAAACCUCCCAUGUAG